CUUUGGAUUUAUUUUAGGCCAACGACAAAAUGGAAGUGAAGCAGAUUGCUAAACAUAAGACUUUAUGGAAAAUGGGCUCAACCAGUGAACCUUUAUCGAUUGCUGGUGUAGAAGCCAAUCCUUUGAAGAAAUUCAUCAUUCCAAAGAUCAGAAGGACAGCUGGUAAAGUUUACUUGUCACCUUGUUGCACCAAUACUAGGGAGUAUAGUUUCAUACAUGAUACGCUUAACCAGUGCAGGCUUGAUGUUAACUGUGAUCUGCGGUCAUCGUGGCAAUUUGGGGAUACAAAACUGGUUCACAAUGAGGAUCUGGAAAAAAAUUUUACUGCUAAGAGGGCAGAGAUGCGUGAGAGUGGAAGACAUGGGAGAGAACUGGAAGAACAUUUCUGCUUUUUAGCACUGCCUCAAAGUGAUGUGGCUGAAAUAUAUCAGAAUGGAAUAAGUACCAAAGCAUCUACAUUAAAGAUAUUAGGAAAUCCUCUUCUUGGAAUUUAUGUAUUUCGACAUGUUGAUGUUGCCUUGAAUUAUGCUCAUACUAGAAACAGUGCUGUAGAAAGUAUUAUAAUAUUUAAGGUUCUCUUUGGAAAAGUGAAGAAAAUUCAGCCUUCUGUAGAUAAAAACAAAGUUUGUUUGGAUCCUUCUCCUAAUUUUGAUUGCCAUAUGUCAAGAAAUACACCUUCUCCGAAAGAUACCAUGGAGCUACAAGCCUACGGUUCAGCAGUAUACUUCUAUGAAUACAAUGAUUUUUCAAAGCCAGUAGAUAAACCUAGACAGUGCCUUCCAUUUGCAGUAGUAACAGUAAAAUUUAUUGGUCAAAGAAUAGAUAAUGGAUAUUUUAUGACAUCUUUGAGAUUCCUCUCAACAGGAUUUUCUAAGAGGGCUGAAAGAACGUGUUCUCUGAAUAACUGUACAGUGGCCAAAAGAAUUGGAAAAGGAAAAGAUGCUACUGUCAUCUUUGAGCAUUUUAGGAAACCUGUAGAUCCAUUUGUUCAGGAAAACUGUUCAUGCAAUGCACUGAAUUCAGAGAUAAAUCCUUCCAACUCAGAUAGUUCUAAUUCCUGUGGAAAUGUGCAAAAUGGAAACAUUUCUAUACUUGAAACACACACUGGACAGUCAGAGCACAAUUUAGCACAAAGUAGUGGCACUUCUCAAGCGUAUGCACAUGAUACGGGUCUUUUAUUUAUGCCCAGUGAUACCAGGGAAAGCGUAAAUGGUGACCUCGUGUUAAACUGGACACAUCUUAAAAAUAUUUUAAGUGGUAUUUCUAGUGCUGUUCCCCUUCACAACAGUGUUGGCGCAAGCACAGUUACUACUUCAAAACUCAUCAAAGACCCAAGACUCAUGAGGAGAGAAGAAAGCAUGGGAAAACAGAAUAAUGUAAUGGAUUUAAAGGAGAUUUUGGCAUUUGAAAAGAGUUUAGAUUCUGGUAAUUCAGAAACACACUUGUCAUCUGUGUCAGCUAAUUCUGUCUCCUCACCCGAAGUCAUCCCUGAUGAUCAUACUGUUCUUACUAAUUACUUGGAUACCCCUUGCUUCAAAAUUUCUUUUGAUGAUACACAGUCUCAAUUUCAUAACAUGUGGUCUAAGGACUAUGAUUAUGCAACUCCCAGUAAAAUCACCAUGGCAGGACACUGUCAGAACCAAGGCAAUGUUCCCUUCCCGAUUCCUUUGUCAAAUGUAGUUUCAGAAGCUGAAGACCAAAAACACAGUGAGGAAAAAGUCGAGACAUCCCAACAGAGAAGCAACACCCCACUUUUAAUUAAACAAAAUAGUGAGCCACAUAACUCUUACGAACCAGUGAAUACUUGUACAAAAGACUAUAAUUGUCACAUCUCUCAGGAAUCACAGUGUUCUGGUUUAAAAACGAUAUAUCAGACUGAUCAUCAAAUGUCUCCAGUUUUUACAUUCCAAAAGAAAGAAAGCAUAGAUAUGUUCAUUCAAAAUACUGGAAAUAUGAGGAACCUUAAAGUUGAUCCAGAAGACAGUUCCAAACAUGGAGAAAAGCAAAAGUUGUGGAAAGAAAUUGGUCAUUAUUUUAGUAAUGAAACAAAAGCCAGUCCUAUAGAUAAUUACAUUUCGUUGCACCAAGAACAUAAAGAGGAUGAGAGUUUUGAUUCUUCAGGAAAAAACUGUGAACAAAUACUAAUUACUGAAGAGUUGGAAAUAGCAAUAUCUACCACAAAGGAUAAGUAUGAACUAGAUGACCUAACCAUGGAAUUACAAAAUAACCUUACUCCAAGCAUAAAGAGCCUUUCGCAGAAUAAUCCUCAGCACUUUUUGGAGUAUGAAAAUAAUGACAUUCAUAGAAAUUUUGUUGUUUCUCAAAAACAAAUGGAUCUUAAAAGGGAAGAAACAAAUCAAAAUUGUGUUAGCAUUAUGACUGAUGCUUUCCAGGAAGCAAAAGACAUUUCCCAGGCCAAAGAACUAUUAAUUGAUACAGUUAUUGCAUCUCAUGGCAUUGAAACAGCUCAUACUUUCAAUUGCAGUAUAACUAAAGAACAUAUAUGGGUUCAUAAGGAAAAUGAAAAUGAGCUGGUGUCAUUAGCACAUGAUCAGAAAGACUGCAGAGAUUCUCCUCAUAUUGAAGAUAAAUGUCAAGAUCACCCUGUCUUCGGUGAGAGACAACUGAACAAUGAUACAACCCUGAAUGUUGAUUUCAAAGAAGAAAAAGAUAACGAUAAUCAAAAUGAGGCUAAAGAGGAAGAUGUUGCUUUAUCUACAGAGGACAGCAUAGAGAACAUACAUGGAGAUGAGCAACAGGUUUUUCAUACAAGCAACAGUUUUACCAAUAUGGAUGAAAGGAGGGAGAAUAAAAAUUGCAGCAGUGUAGAAAUUCUGAUUUCUGAAGAAUUUUCUACUGCAUUUAACUUAACUUGGGGCCAAAAAUGCGUAUCAACAGAAACUACAUUAAUAGAAAGUGAAGACGCUGUCACUGCCUUAAAACAAAAAUAUACUCAAAAUAAUGGAAAGAGUCUAGAGCGUUUGGCUUCCACAGUGUUCCCAGAAGUUCCAGUUUCUUCAGUGUGUACAGACCCAAAUGCUAAAGUACAGAUAGCUAGUUGUACUUUGCCUGCAUUGAGCACAAAUCACGAAGAUCACCAGAGAUACCAGUUUAAAGAAACUCGUUCUUCCGAGAGUCCAGAUUUUGGUUUGUUAGUAAAACCUAGGAUUUCUGAUUGUGAAAUUGAUACGGGUGAAAAUAAAUCACAAGACUCAUUUCAUCAGUCCUUAGUCGGUGAGAACUUGGUUAUUCAGAGUUUGGAAUUGGAAAGUGAAAUUGAAGUAGAAACAGAACAGGAUGAUGAUGCUUUUCUAUUUCAACAAGAUGCACAUAGCCAUGGAAGUGUGCUUAAUGAAGAAUUGGGGAUCUCGUAUGAGGCUCUGAGGUCUCGUAUUGAUUGGGAUGCUCUGUUAGGAAGCAGUAACUGGGGAACAGAAGCAUUGAAAAGCACUGCAAGAAGGGAGAAUACAGAUCAGCAUUACUCUGAGGAAAGUAGUUGUUUUUAUUCUUCUACACAAAAAACCAAAGCAGAACUUCUGAAUCCAAUUUUACUUCCAGAUCUACAAGUUAGAAUUACUAAUACAUGUAGGCCAGAAUUCAGCCAAACUGCUGACUCCCAUGCAUUGAAAGAUAAUUAUUCUGAAGCCCCAGAGGGAGAAAAGUUGCCAGAAUUAGGAAUUUAUUCCCAGUCUUCCAGUGAAAAUUCUGAUAACUCAUGUGAGGAUAAACUUGAUAACAUGACACAAAAAUCAGAAUUAGUGAGUAAAUCUGAAACUUCUCUUUCUUUGGACUUAAGUCGGAAUACACACAUGAAUCACAUGUCUGAAAAACAAAACAGUGAAUCUUUGUUUACUGAAUCUUCAAAUGUCACAACAGUAAAUAACAGAAGCAGCUGUUCCUUUGCAAAAUCAAAAACUGACGCUAAUGAUGCUAGAAGUAGAAAGCACACAGAGUCAAGAAUGAGCAAAAGAAAGUUACAUACAUCUGUUAGAGACCAGAACACAUCCCAUAAAGAUGUAAGACAUGAAAUGUAUGAGAAGAAGAGGAGGCUAACUAGUCAAAACUCGUUUGAAUGUUUUUGUUCAUUAUCCCAGGGACGAAUUAAAACAUUUUCACAGUCAGAAAAACACAUUAGGAGUGUCUUGGAUAUUCUAAACAGUGAAGCAUCUUUAUGUAAAAGCAAACGUCUUUCCAGAAAACUUGACAGAGCUGUUCUGCACUUAAAAAAAGCUCAGAGAAGAGUUCACACAUCCUUGCAACUAAUAGCUAAAGUGGGAGAAACAAGAAAAGGUCCAUUACCAAAAUCAUAUGCAAUCAUAUGCAAUAGUUUCUGGGAAAGCUGUGACCUUGAAGGUUAUAGUUCUGUGUGUGAAAGAAAAUAUUAUUCCACUAAGCAUUUUUUUUCAAGAAGAAGAGAUGACAAAGAGGGUGAGAGAAGAGUUUUAGAAUUUGAUGUUGGGAAAUCAUUAACUCGUGUGUCAAAGCACAAGUCUUGUAAUGAAGAGGGAGUCACAAAACAGCUUUCUAAGAAAAAUGUAGCCAGUGGUAUUUCCAGAAGUCACACCACUAUUCACGUGGAAGAGUUUUGUGAGCAAGAACAACAUCCUGAGUCACAGUUACGCCUGUCCUCUGUGUCCAAAAGUACAAGUCAAUCAGCUUUUAAUACUAGCGGUAUGAAAUUCUCAGGGUCAUCAGACCUUCAGCCUUUUUUUGGAAAAACUGAUAAUGUAUGUUCACCAGACCACCCAGAUGAGAAGCUACCUGAAAAAGAAAACCAAGUUGAUACAAACUUUUUAUCUAACUUCGGUAAAUAUGAAAAGCUUGAGAGCCAUUCAAUACAUAGUAAUGUUAAGGAUGUAACAGAAGAAAUUAAUUCCGUGGCUAAUGAAGUAAUAAGUAAAAGUAACUCAGUAUCUUUAAAUUGCAUAAAAGAAAGUGUAAGUGUUAACACGGACAAAAAUUACGGUACAAGUCAUAUAGCCCACACAGACGUGAAAACUGACAUACUUAUUUCAGUCUUAGAAUCAAGUACACAGCACUUUUUAAAUGUUGGUAUCUACAAACCAAAUAACAUUUUAUCUGAUUGUAAAAGAAACCUGGAAGUGAAUUUUCCUAUAGAAAAAUGCCCAGCUCCUGUUGAGAACUCUAAACCAAACAUCUUCACAAGAAACUUCCCUGUGGACCCAUUAAAGCCAACUCUGAUAGCAAGCAAAAAAUGUAACAGUGUUCCUCAGUUGUUUUCAGCCGCUCCAGUGAUAGUGACUGAGGGAGAAUCUUCAGAAUCUUAUUUGGAUAAACAGAGAAUUUUUGAUGUAGAUUCUUUGGCAGCAUCCACUGCUGUAUCCCAUUCUCAACAGAAAUGUGGUGAAAAUGAGCUUCUAAAGACAGAGCAGUCCUCUUCAAGUAAUUGCUCCCAAAUCGAUGGGAAUGACACAGGUGUUACUGAGAAUUCCAGCUUGGCCCUAACAUCAGUAACUGAAGAAAAAAAAUGUUGUGGGGAAAAUACAAUGAAGAAACUAUUUUCCAAUGACAGGUUUCAGAUAAUGUUAACAGAUAAUGUAAAGGGUUCUUCUUCAAAAAAAGGUAAUGCAAUGAAAAACAUUCAGGACAGAAAAAUGUGGAAAGUUAAACAAGCAGAAAAAGCAAAAGAUACGAUUGAAGACGUAUACCACAAAAAACGCAUGACUGAAGAAUCAUCUUUUAAAACUGAGUACAAAAAUCAGAAGACCUUAGAAGAAGUAUCCUCCUACUUAAGUGAGAAAACAGUUAAAAAUAACUUGAUUGAGUCUCAUCUAAGAAUUGAAAAUGCCACAUCUUCUAAGGCACUUUCCGUGAAUAACACAGUUCCUAAUCCACUUAUCAAAAGAGAGAAAGAUGGGAAAGUUAACAAUGACUCACAGCCUGAUUCGAUAGUGCAUUCAGAAAUAACCUGUAAUUUCAAACCGGACAUUGUAGGAAUUAACCAUAAACCUAUUUUACAUGUCCACCCAGAGAUCUCUAAAGUCACUACUCUUCAGAAGAAGCCUACAUCAUACAUGAAUGAAUUAACAGAAAAACAUUGCUCAGCUAAUCAUACUGCUCUUAUAGCUAAGCUGUCUCAAAUUUUGCAGAGGGCAGAUGAAGCAUCAUCAUUGCAGAUUCUACAGGAAGAAACUAAGGUUUGUCAAAAUAUUCUCCCUUCAUUUGUUGAAGCUUUUGAAAGAACCCAGGAAUGCUCACUUGAACAAAUCUUGAUUUCACGAGACCUGUUGGUACAACAGAACCUGUGGAAUAAUUGUAAAAACAAAUUAAAACCUUGUGCUAUUGACUCUUUGGUAGAACUCCAAAUGAUGAUGGAAACUGUUCAAUUUAUUGAAAACAAAAAAAGGCUCUUGGGAGAUGAACCGACAUUCCGAAGCUUGCUUUGGUAUGAUGAGACACUGUACAGUGAGCUGCUUGGUGGACCACGUGGCUAUCAACAGCAAUCCAAUUUUUAUCCUGCUUUCCAAGGAAGGUUAAAAUAUAAUGCAUUCUGUGAGUUGCAGAAGUACCAUGAUCAGUUAAUUGAAUUACUUGAAGAAACAAAAAGGGGGAAAAAUUCAUACUAUGCAUUCUUAAAAUACAAACGGCAGAUUAAGGAGUGCGAAGCGAUAAUGCAACAUUGUUCUGAUUGCUUUGACUUUUCUCUUUCUGAUCCAUUUACCUGUGGUGUUAACUUUGGCGAUAGUUUGGGAGACCUAGAAACCUUAAGGAAAAGUACUUUAGAGCUGAUCAGUGUAUGUGGGGACUUUCCUAAAAUUCACUCAUAUCCAGGAAAACAAGACCACUUGUGGAUUAUCAUAGAAAUAAUCUCCACAAAAGUUAAUUUUAUCAAGAGCAGCGAGGCAAUAAGUAUUAAAAUAUCUCUCUAUGGUCUGGAACACAUUUUUUUUGAUGCUGCAAAAAGUCUUGUCUGGGAAAAGAGAAGACAAUCCUUAAACAAAAAAUACUCACGAAAGAAGUAUAAAGAAAUGCUACUCAAAAUUAAUCAAGAGGCUUUCUCUAAGUUGCAGAAGAUAUAUGGUGCUUUGUCUAAAGAUUUAAGCAAUGAACAGAUUUCCAGUAUUGGACUUGAGGAGGAUGCCAUGAUUGCUUGCAAAAAGUCAGACAAUCUAAUAAAUAAAACAACAGUUAGCAUAGAAAACUGUAGGUUUAACAAUACUCUGCUUUCACACCCAGAUAUUUCUUGUAUUAGUGAAAUACUGGAUGAAGCUGAAUUUGCAGACGUUAAAAAAUUACAGGAACUCACUUUGAGAUGUACUAAUCACUUAGAAAUUUUAAAAAAAUACUUCCGGAUGUUGCAAGAAGAUAGCAUAGAUAAUAUGUUUAUCACAGAAGAAAACGUUUUGGACGUGAUGAACAGCCACAACCACGGGACUGUAAUUUUAAAGCCCGAAGCUACUGAAACAUAUAUUGAGAUAGUUAUGAUAUUAGAAACUAUACAUUUUCUUAAAAACUCAAUGGCAAAGAAACUAGACAAGCAGAGGUUUCGAGGUAUGCUUUGGUUUGAUAUGUCGCUUCUUCCUGAGCUGGUUCAUUGCCAAGAAAAAAUGGCUUGUUUUUCAUUUCUUAAAGAUAAUUCAGCAGAUUGCCUUUGGAAAGUGAUAGAGACCGCUAUUUCUGAACUUAAGAAAGAUCUGGAUAUUAUCCACAAAUAUGAUGAAGCUCUUAAUUGCUCAUAUGCUCGUCAUUUGCUCUCAAGAGAACUUGAAGAACUUUCAGAAAUAAAAAAACUUCUAAAGAAGUCCAGGUGUUCCAUUUCCACAUAUAUUGACUUUGUGCCGUGUGUAGCAUCCAUAAAUUAUGGAAGCACUGUGACAGAGCUAGAACACAGCUACAGUCAGUUUUCUACACUGCUCAAAAAUGUAAUGGCCGCUCCUCAGAAAGAUAUAGGAAAAAUGGCCCAUAUUAUGAAAGUCAUGAGAACUAUUGAACAUAUGAAGAUUAUAUGUGCUAAAAAUGCUAAAUUAACCAUGUCCUUUAUCCUGUGCCAAAUGCUACAUAACAGAAAGAAAACCUUCCAAUUGAAGACAGAAGGAAAGAUGAAUAUUCAUGUUAUAAAACAUGGGAAGAGCAUUAAUAAUUCCAGUGCUUGUAUGAAGGUACCCUCAAUUCCAGAGGGCAUAAUCAAAAACAUUUCAAGUUCCUCUAAAAAACGGCGUAUUGUUAUAGACAGACAUGAAGACUCUCAGGAAGAAGAGAAAAAUACUACUAUGUCCAGUUCUAAAAAGCAGAAGGUUGACAUGAAAGAUGUCACAGAAGUCAGCAAAGAAAAGGCAACAUUCAAGAAUCCAAGGACUACAAGAUCUCAUUCCAAAAGUGAAAGCAAAAUAGGACCAAGUUUAUCUGACAAUCUGAAAAGAAACCACGUAUCUCCAAAAAAGGUUGAAAUGCCAAGAUCACCACUGGGCUCACUUUCACCUUUAGAGGUCUUAAAGGACACUUGCAUGUCAAAUUCAGAAAGCGAAAUAAUAGAUUUAACUAAGAUUUCAGCUGAUACUUCAGAAGACUAUACUGGGCAACAGAGAAACUUAAACAGCACAAAGGAAAGAAAUGUGAAUUUUAGUGCUGCUGAGGAAAAAAAUAAUAAGAAAGAUUGUUCCAUUUUUGCAAUUUAUGACCAGAAAACUUUAGAUGACACAUUUUCAAAAGACCACGAGACACCUCCACAGAAAUUUCAUAAAAUUUCCCCAGAUCCUGCACAGAAAUCUUGUCCUUCAGACAUAAAACCAGGAACUGAUACUUCUUUUCUGCCUAAUACAUCAGUGCUUUCAAAGCCUAUUUUCCAUUUUGUGAGGGAUAUCCAUGCCAAUCUAGAAAUGAACGACUCUGUCCUUGAACUUCAAGAUAAUGACAUACUAAAUUCGUCCAUGAAAAACUCCACAGGCACCAGUUCUCCAGAACCUAUGUUUAUUCAGAACAAAAUUCCUGUUCUUCAAAUAAACAAAACGGAGCCUGCAAAAAUUGAAUCAAAGGAAAAAUACAUGAAGGAUGUAUUGAAUCCCAGUACUGUUUCUGCUGGAGCAUCUGGAGGCAUAACCCUUGAUGUGAAUCGGACAGCAGAGCACUCUUUUUCUGAACAACGGAGCAGUGAAAAUUCAAAAGCUCUGCCUCAGAAUGUUGCCGUGUAUUGGAAUGAACUGCCCCAGUGCGCAUGUACCCCAGUAUGUAAUUCUUCUGAACAUUCAUCUGGAACUUCAUAUCCUUACUAUGCGUGGUGUGUUUAUCAUUACAGUAGCAUUGAUGGCAAUUCUGUAACCCAGACAUACCAGAGGAUAACAUCUUACGAAACACAGCCAUUUUCUUCUGGGAUGUUGACUGCAGUUGCAAAUACUGUCCAGAACACACAUUCUGAUCUUUCUUACUCUCAAUAUUUUGGUUACUUUGCUGAGGAGCCACAAGCAAAUGACUUUGUGCCAGUGAAUGGGUAUUUUCAGUCUCAGAUGCCAAUUUCCUACAAUUUUCAGACGGUUAUUCCACAGUCUGCUUCCCAUCAGCCUGUACCGCAAGCUGCAUGCCCUUACCCACCUGGUCCUGGUGUGCCUCCAGGAGUUCCUUGGACUUACGCUCCAUGGCAACAAGAAUCCUUUCAGCCAGGACAUCGAAAAUAGUCUUCUGUCUAUUGAAAUAAAGGAGAUUUAAGAAGUUUUUUCAAGUAUUUUUUACUUACAUAUUUUUAACAUUUUAAAAUGCAUGGAAAUGUGGUAGGAAGUAUAAAUCCUACAGCUCUUUAUACAGUCUUUAAAUGCAGCAGUGUGUCACAUAAGGCAAUAGGAGAUCAGCUUCUAACAUCGGAAGCAGGCUGUUCUUUUUAAUACCUACCUAACCAUCAGAAGCAUUGACAUAAUAUUUUGAAAUUUAUUUUUUAAACUGUUGGUAUCAGUACAAUUAUAAAGAUUUUCUUUGAGGUUAUUCUAACGGCAUAAACGGAUUGAAUAUGACGUUUACUAUGAUUAAGAUGAAGCAGUAGUAGUAAACUCAUUAAAACGUUCUUGUUGCUGAUAUUUUUAAUACAUUGUUUAUGUUGUACCAUUGGACUUAGAUGAAAGUAGGAUUUUUUUUUCUAGGAUUGGUCAUCAGACCUAUAAUUUUAUAAUUCUUGAUGCGUUAUUCUUGUAAUUUAUAAUUCUGCUG